AUGCAUAAUGUGCCGCUGGACAUGCUGAGAACACGGCCCAAGAGAACCAUUUGCAGUGACUUUAAAUGCAACCAGACAGCACCUGCCAUUGUAGCAAGAUACGUGGACAGUCGGUGUCAGUUGCACCGCUGGACAGAACCAGUCACAUCGACGAAAUCUGGAAUUGCUUUGCUGUACAAUGAGGAGACCAACAAUACCUACGACGUCUGCCUGAAACUGACCAAAGAGGUUUUAACCAUCCAGAAGCUGGACGUGGUCUGCGUAAGUGGAAGCGAAUCCCAACCAAAUCACAGAACUGUUGUACUGCGAAGACAGGCGACUGGCGGACUGGGCUUAAGCAUCAAAGGAGGUGCAGAGCACAACGUGCCUGUGGUGAUUUCAAAGAUUUUUAAAGAUCAAGUCAAUGGCAUUAAUGUAGAGCCGUGCACUCAUGAGGAAGUUGUUCACCUCUUGCGCACUGCAGGAGAUGAGGUCACCAUCACCGUUCGCUACCUGCGAGAAGUUCCAUCAUUUCUAAAACUGCCUCUAGGUUCUCCUGGGCCCUCCACCGAUCAAAGCCGAGUAUCCUCUCCAAUGUUUGACAGUGGGUUACAUCUAAAUGGAAAUGGAAACAACACAGCUCCAUCGCCCCCUUCGCCCUCAGCUAAUGAACCAAAGUAUGAGAAGCGUUGGCUGGAUGCCGUCUCCCUGCCCUUGUUGAUGGCCAGAGUCUCCAGAUACAAAGCUGGCACAGAUAAAUUAAGGUCCAACUGUUUUGAAGUCUUCGCCUUGGAUGGAGCCAGCACCAAUAUUCUUCAAUUUUGCACUGCAGCAGAAAGCACUGACUGGCUCCAAGCAAUAUCUACAAAUAUCAAUGACUUGACACAGGAGAAUAUAAAGAUCAUCAACAAAUUCUGCUCUUCAGAUGAUCAGAUUGUUCAUAUGGCCUGGGCAUGUGAAAGCCCAGAGGGUAGCACUGCUGGUAAAACUUCAGCAUUCAAGUUCCUGGCACUGAGAGGACCAUAUUUUUAUAUCUUCAGAAGUCCCCCGAUCAGUGCGGCUGACUGGGGACAAGCUGAAACAACAUAUAACCUCUAUGAGGUUCUUUUCAAGGUCCACAAGCUGUGGAUGGCAGAGGACUGCUGGCUGCAGGCACGGCUCUACUUGGGGCUGGAGCAUUCGCCCGAGCAGCAGGACAACGAGUCUCUGUGCUUCAGUAUUCUGGUCGGCCACGGCCAGAGCCACACCUUCAGGGUAGAGCUGGCCACCGACCUGGCUAUCUGGGAGAGGUCCUUCCAAAGAGCUGUCUUCUUGGAGGUGCAGCGGAUACGAUCCAAGAGUUACAUGUGCAGCAGCCAGGGGAAUGUGCUGUGCUUCACGAUAGAUUUCGGAUCAGGCUUCACCUGCUCAGAGGGAAAUUCAAAGACCGUACUGUGGCGAUAUAAGUUCUCUCAACUAAAAGGCUCCUCUGAUGACGGUAAAACCAGGGUGAAACUCCUUUUCAAGAAUGCUGACAGCAACCAAAUAGAGAUGAAGGAACUGGAGUUUGCUAAUCUUACAGCUGUCCUUCACUGUAUACACUCUUUUAUCGCUGCCAAAGUGGCCUCCAUGGACCCUCUCUUUAUGUGCAGUCAAAGCUUCCCUGGAAAUUAUAUGAACAGUUAAGAAGACCCGUCCUCAUUGUCAUGUGCACCCGUGGCAGAUCGGCAGUAUUUUAUGCACAGAGCCAAUUGAUAUGUAUAUCUUGUUCUUGCUAUUUUUGUAUGAACAAUGGAAAAAAAAUAUAUUUGUAAAAGACUGUAAAGGGAGAUCAUGUAUGAAUUAAUGAUGGAAGGAAAGUAUUUAAUUUUUGGUGUGAAAAAAAACUACAAUGCAAAUGGUUUCACAGUUCUUCCAUUUCUUUCUCUUUUUUUCUCUCAUUCCACGACGGACACUGAUUAUGAUCGGAGGUUUCUUGUCAACUUGUCACAUAAAGGCAGCACCCGAGCCUCCAUAUGGUGUGGAACUGUCGAACAUCUGACAACAGGACACGAUCCGCCAAACAUAGCAACUGCCAGUGUUUUUAGCAGAAAAUCUCAGUUGAUACUGUAUCUCUGAAGGAUAAUGAUGUCGUGCCCACAUCUAGUGAGUAAGUUUGUUUGAACAGACAAAAUAAAUGUGACUUACUGUCACAGGGGAAUUCACAUUUGCCACAGACCUUUGACAGGGAUUUUCUUUCCUUCAAAUUCACAGUUGAACGGUAAUGAAAAGCAAACCUCUCCCUGUCCCAGUUCUUUGGUUUACUUUGUGUUCACAGACAUGACAAAAGAAUAACAUCUUACAAUAUAAUGCAGUCUGAUAAGCCUUCAAAUGACUAUUGAAUUGAAACAGCACCUCUCUGACACAACUAAAAUGAAACAGGCAACAUUAACUGCAGGGCAGCUUUACUGGCUCAGAUGAAACUAUAUGAUGUUUGUGCUAUUGUGACCAUCUUUUGUAUCUAAUAAAGGCAAAAUGCCUGAGUUUCCAGUCUCUCCGGCCAAUGACGACAUUUCACUGAAAUGUGACAUUUCAGCUUCAAAGUAUUGUUAGAAGAACC